CUAGUUAACAAAUACAGUCCAAAAUUUGAAGAGAGACAUUCUGUUCCGCGGAACAAAAUCAAGAAGCAAAAAGGAUUGCGAGUUUGUAAAUUUAACCAGAUUCAAAGAUGGAGAUAUUUGAGGUACAGAGAAUAGAACGAAUACGCACGUGCGACAACAUGUGGCAACGGUUUUUUCCAGUAAAGUGGACAUCUUUUUUCUUUAGGUUUUGCUAGAAAGAUUUUUCUUUUCUUGCACUUUAAAGUUUCCUACUUCAAGAAACCAAAACCUUGAAAGUUCCCACGCAAUCAAGAAUAGUAGUAACCUACGAGUUCCCACAUUAGCAUUUGAAAAUUGCAAACAGCAAAGCAGUAUUUUUUGUUUCUUGAACUAUAUAUAGACUGUAGAGUAGUUGUUGAUGGCUCAAUUUACAGUACAAGGUCGCUUGAAGUUGCUGUUUGACAAUGAUGGGACUCACUGUAAGCUUCUUGGGAAUGAUUUUCUUGGUGGGUUGAGAUCAUCUCUGACCCAGAAGAGAAAGAUCAGGUUUCUUGGUGCUAAUAGUACAAAGUUAUAUGCUGCUGCUUCUUUGAGCAAGAAAUCCAAGCAUUUUUACACAGAGGCAAGUCAAAGUGUUAGCGAGGCUAGUGAUGAGAGUGAUGAAGAUUAUGACAGUGAGAGGGAUGAAUUGGCUUGCUUUAGAGGCCUUGUCUUGGAUAUCUCUUACAGGCCGGUGAAUGUUGUGUGCUGGAAGCGUGCCAUGUGUCUGGAAUUCAUGGAGAAGGCUGAUGUACUAGAAUAUUAUGAUCAGACAGUAAAUUCCCCAAGCGGAUCCUUUUACAUUCCAGCUGUAUUAAGGGUUCCACAUCUAUUGCAGGUUGUUAAGAGAAGAAGAAUAUUCAGAAGCAAACUUAGUCGCAAGAAUAUACUUCAUCGGGACAACUAUACUUGUCAGUACUGUUCUUCCCAUGAGAAUUUGACCAUUGACCAUGUUCUGCCAACUGCGCAAGGAGGGGAAUGGCAAUGGGAAAAUCUGGUUACUGCUUGUGCCAAAUGCAACUCAAAGAAGGGUCAAAAAACUCCAGAGGAAGCAAACAUGAAGCUGAGUAAGGUCCCCAAGGCCCCUAAAGAUUAUGACAUACUUGCCAUACCCUUAACAAGUGCAGCAAUAAGGAUGCUGAGGAUGAGAAAGGGAAUGCCUGAAGAGUGGCAACAAUAUCUAGCGAGGCCAUCAUCAGAGCCGUGACAUACAUUCUAGGUGAAAGCUGUACAUUCUUGUGCUCGGCACAUAUGAUUUUUCCAACACUUAGUGCCCAGGUUUUAAAGAUGUAUUCUGAUGCAACGUAAUUUGCUUUGUUUUUCUCUUUUCUUUUUCACCUCCAUGUACUGGAGAAACUCAUGUAAAGGAGGGCAUUUAUCAACAAAGCAUCUUUUGUAAGGCAGUGGGCUCUUGUUUGUUAUUUCAAAUUUUAAGUGCUUAAACUCACGUUCAUAUAUAAAAAA